AUGGCCAAGGCAAAGUGGAAGGCAUCUCCCUCCCUUCAUCUGGAGGGAGCAGAUGAAGAGGCGCUGGAGCCUCCGCCGUCGGUGGUUGGCUUAAUUAUUGAAUCACAGUGCAAAAAUGAUACUGAAGCUUCCAUACACACCGCAUAUAAUAAAAUUAUUGUAAGCAGAAUCAUUGCUAGAAGAGAAAUUAAGUGUACUGCAGAUGAGUACAAGUCAGGUGGUACGUGUUGCAAGAAAUGUGAACGUGGCUUUGUUAAAAAUACUACAUGUCCAAAAAACAUUAGAGAACAUUGUGUUCAAUGCAAACCUGGACAGGAGUAUGUCGACCAUGCCAACGAUUUGGAUGAGUGUAUGAGAUGCGAUUCCUGUGACAGUGUGCUUGGUAACCCACAGACCUACUGUAAAACCUGCAUUUUCAAACUAACAGACUUUAAGAACUCAUUUUUAGGUUUAAAGACUGCAAAGGAAUGUACCCCAACACAGAACACUGAAUGCACUUGUGCAGAGAACUUCUUUUGCAAUUCUUCUGGGUCAUGCACACACUGUGUGACAGUGGCCUUGUCAAAAAACAAUGCACUCCAACUUCAGACACUGUAUGCAAAAUACAAGAUUUUAGAAAACGUAGGUGUCGUACUAGCAAGCUGUCCCGAAGUCUUUCAGUCCCCGAACCAGGAGUUCCUUCUUUAUACAAGGUUGCUAUGUAACAAAACUGUUUUCAAUGAGUUUGUCCCCUGCUUCUCUUUUCAGGAGAUGGUACCCAUCAUGUUUGCAGAUAUUGACCUGAGCACCUACAUUCCUGAUAUUGUUGGGGAGAUGACACUCCAAGAGGUCAAGGCAUUUGUUCGUAAUCGUAAAGUACCAGAACCUAUGAUAGAUGAAAUUAUUCGGGAUAAUGUUAAUGAUACAUCUGAACAGAAGAUUAAACUGUUUCAAGAGUGGCAUAAAAGACAUGGGAUAAAUGGAGCCUAUGAAACCCUGAUCAGAAGCCUUAGAAAGCUUAAAAUGUGCUCUGCAGCUGAUAAAAUUGAGAGAAAACUGAAGGCAGCUAUUCCCAGCAGUCAGGAAGUUGGACAGUCUUAUAACAGUAACAUUGAGCAAAGCACAACCUGCACUCAAGAAAGUGGAAACUCUCAUCUUCAUAAUGCUGAGCUAGGCAAAACCUGUUCUGACAGUUCGGAAGAGACAUAGCAU